CUCUUUUCUUCUUCACUGCAUUUCAAUCGCUCACUCCGCAUGCUCUUUUUUUUUUUCGUGGAUCUAUCAAUUGUUUUGUUAUUCCUUCUAAUUGGGAUAUGGGAGCUGAAGAUAUUGCAUUUAUGUACGUUUGGGAGCAAUUUUGUUUACCAGGGAGCGAAGAAGAAACAGGAAUCUUUUUCUCUAUGACACCGGAAUACGGCGUUCGCGGCCAUUUUACUAUCUGCUUUAUAUACCCUUUGGAAAGAUUUGGAAAGACACUGUUUUCUCGCCAGGUGUCGUCAGAAACAGAGAGGCACGAGCCUGCGUCGGUCAGGCUGCUCACUGCUGGGCCGAUGGUGUUUAGAUUGCGGCAGAAGCAAACAGCGCAGCGACCUGGAUGCAAUGCAUUCAUCUCCCCGCGGAGAGAGACCGCAUCUCGACCAUGCAAGCAGGCGAGGCGGUAUGCAUCAACACGCAGCUCCAGAGCCAUGCGCUGUUAGUCAUUAGCAUUAGCAGUAUUAUUUUUAAGACGUAAUACGAGUUGGCGCAACGUGCUCCGUACAGGGCGACAGCGU